GCAGUCUUCCUAAGCAUUCAACCAAAGGCAACGCAGUUUUGCCUUUUUGAGGUUACAGAGUGGCAAGUUUGUUUGCUCGCAAGAAGUCAUAUUCCAGAUUUGCUUUAAUGAAAGCAUGAGAAGAGUAACGCUCUUUGUCAACGGAACUUCAAAAAAUGGAAAGGUUGUAGCUGUUUACGGGACGCUGUCGGAUCUGUUAUCUCUUGCGAGUAAUAAAUUGGGAAUCAGAGCUUGCAGUUUGUACAACAGCAAAGGGGGCCUCAUCGAUGACAUCGCACUUAUCAGAGACGAUGAUGUCUUGUAUGUCUCAGAGGGGGAUGCCUUUGCUGAUCCUCAGAAUAGCUCGAGAUCCUCGGAUGACUCGUGUUCGGCGGGCCACACCGACUGGCUGACCCUCAACAUCGGAGGACGCCUCUUCACCACCACACGGAGCACUUUAGUUAGCAAGGAGCCGGACAGCAUGCUGGCACACAUGUUCAGGGAGAGAGAUGUUUGGGGCAAUAAGCAAGAUGAACAUGGUGCGUACCUGAUCGACCGGAGCCCUGAGUACUUUGAGCCCAUUCUCAACUACCUAAGACACGGACAACUCAUCGUCAACGACGGCAUCAACCUCUUAGGCGUGCUGGAGGAGGCCCGGUUCUUUGGAAUAGAGCAACUUGCUGAACAGCUUGAAGUAGCCAUAAAGAAUUCCCACCCUGCGGAAGACCACUCCCCCAUCUCUAGGAAGGAGCUGGUCCGCUUCCUCCUGGCCACACCCACCAAAUCAGAGCUCCGUUGCCAGGGUCUGAACUUCAGUGGAGCGGACCUGUCUCGGCUGGAUCUGCGCUACAUCAACUUCAAGAUGGCCAACCUCAGCCGCUGCAACCUCACGCACGCCAACCUCUGCUGCUCAAACCUCGAGCGGGCCGACCUCUCGGGAGCCAACCUGGACGGUGCGAACCUGCAAGGUGUGAAGAUGCUGUGCACUAAUGCUGAAGGAGCCUCCCUGAAGGGCUGCAACUUUGAAGACCCUUCGGGACUCAAGGCCAACCUGGAAGGUGCGAAUCUGAAGGGUGUGGACAUGGAGGGCAGCCAGAUGACGGGUAUUAACCUGCGAGUGGCCACGCUGAAGAACGCCAAGCUGAAGAACUGCAACCUGAGAGGAGCCACGCUGGCAGGCACAGACCUGGAGAACUGCGACCUGUCCGGCUGUGACCUCCAGGAAGCCAACCUGCGGGGCUCCAACGUGAAGGGAGCCAUCUUUGAGGAGAUGCUCACCCCACUGCACAUGUCACAGAGCGUCAGAUAACUCCUCACACACACGACACGUACACACAAUAUACGUACACACAUGCACGCACACUCAAACACACACACAGAUGCAUUUGCACAUGUCUCAGAGUGUCAGAUAACUUCUCACACACACACACGCAAACACACACACAGAGAUGCACUUGCAUAUGUCCCAGAGUGUCAGAUAACUCCUCACACACACACACACACACACACACAUGCACGCACACUCAAACACACACACAGAUGCACUUG